AUGACUCUAAAGGAACUGCAACUCGUGCACAAACCAUCAAAGACUUGGGCAACUAACCCGGUUGGCACAAUGGCCACGACCGAUCCUUACUUGUUCUCAUCUGGAACAGGUUCACUCUUGUCGGACUCAAUUGUAUCCCAUCUAAGCCCUCUGCGCAAACUGUCCGCCAAUUCCAGUUUGUUAAACCCUUCAGUUCGCCGAUGGUGGUUUAGUCGUUCUGCCUCGUCUUCGCCACUCAAAUCAAAACCAUCUCCAAAGCGUGCCUCUGUAACUGCACUGACAAGUCCCUGUAAGACACGGCCUACACGACCAUUACCGUCCGAUGAUCAGGGUCGGUUAGACUCACCUGGAAAACGGAUACGACAACGUCCCAGUACGCGUAACAAUCGAUGUUUGCGACGCAACUCCUCUAAUCCAAUCGAUCCGUUGCUGCCCGUUGAGUUCAGCCUUGAUGAAGGUGCCGAGUUCCAAGCCUGUGAUUUAUGUGAGCGACUUUGUCAACAAUCACUCGAUGCAUGGAUAGAUCAUUUAGGUGAAUUUCAUCCGAUCCCCGCGAAAUGGCCCAGUGCUCGAGCUGAUUCACUUACUGCCGAACAAAAGCAUUGCCCAUACAGUGCAGUUGUCGGAUCACAUAAACGAAGACGCCCACACAUCAUUCCUCGUCCAUUGAAUAGCUUUAUGAUUUUUGCUCAAUAUCUACGUCGAGCUACUCUUCAACUUUUCCCCGAUGCACACAAUGUACAUCUAAGUCAACGUAUCGGUUUAAUUUGGCGUCAGUUAGACAGUGACUUGCGGGAACUGUAUGCGACCGAAGCGAAUCGUCUCCAACGUCUACACGCGAUCGAAUUUCCGGACUACAAAUAUCAGCCGAAAAAACGCAUUCGCGAUGCCGAUCCGGAUGCAGGUGGUAGUGCUGCUGCUGCUGCUGCUGCUGCUGCUGUCCCGUCUACCGGAACAGCAGUGGUGAGNGUGGUGAGUACGAAUUCGACCAUCACAACCUCGAGAAGCAGUACGAAUUUUGGAAAUCAGACAAAUUUUGUCUCCACGGAACUCAUCAGUUCACCCUCGAUCCCGGUCAAUUUGGGUUCCACGUCCGAAUGGAAUGACAUCGGCUACGAUAGCCCAGACGGGCCUACUUCGUUUGUUGAGCAUUAUGCUGAAACUCAACAAGUCGCGUCACUGGCGAACAUGCGGUACAAACUUUCGCGAUCCGCAUCUGUCACACCACAGCUAGUCAAUAUAAAUAGACCACGUGUGGCCUAUGUGGUACAUUCUACCGAUCUAGUAAACAAUACUAAUGUGCCAUAUAUCCCUAAUACUUUGUUGUGUAUGACGGAUACGGAUUAUGUUACCAACUAUCAAGAAAACUUUGAUCCGUGCCCUGGGAACCCAGUUGUGGACUUACCAAUGGUCCCGACGAAGCAAGCGAACGAAACUUUAACCGCACUGGUGUCUGAGAAUCAACUGAAAGUUGAGCCCGAUUCUGAACCCCGUCGAUCGUCCUCCUUUCUUAGUGUCUUGCCCAGUCCGAUCGAGACGGGUCCACAGUCCGUUACUGAGUGGACACAGGAGAAACCUCGACCGAAGGCUUUGGAAGAUUUGCUCAAUGCCCCAUCUCUCUUCCAACCGGAUACGAACAAUCUGAGAACUCUUCAGCUGGAACCACUCACUGUGGUGACUCAUGUCUCUCCCGGACUGAACACAGUGCUUGAAUCAAGUGAACUGAGUCAUUCCAAACUGAAACAGGAAGACUGUGAUCCGCCAAUGCACAGCGAUCCAAAUCCACUCCCCGGAUCAUUGACCUCGUCACUGUCCACCAUUUCUCCUGACUCUUCACUUGGACAACAAGACUCAGUAUCUUUAGCCUGUGGCACCUACUGGGAUCCACAGAAACGUUCAGAUUCAACCACUGCCGUGGUUUUACUCCCCACGAAACCGAUGUCGUCACAUUUGUCCGCAAAAGACAGCACUCGUACUGCGCAAUACUGUCCGAACAUCACGUGGAAUAGUUCAGAAGCGAUGAAUGCAUUGGGUGAUAUUGCCAUGUUGAUUGAGAAUGGACUGCAUGACUCCCGAGGAAACACAAACAAGGCGGCACGAAUUGUACCGUGUUCUGUUUCUCCGUCGCCAAUUGUGUUGAAGAGUGAAGAGGUUACUGGUGAUAGUCAGACGGAAUUUGAGAAUAUCGACACUUGUGGGACAAGUCCAUCUCUGGAUGAUCUAGGUCAACUCAUUCUGUUCGGCGGUCAUUCGCAGCAGUCCAUCAAUCCGGGCGGAUCACCGUACCGCACGAAAUCGCGAGAAUCAAUUGCGAAUGAUGAGGAAGGGGAGCACACUGCGCGAGAAUCAACUGUGGUGAACACCUCAAAUGAAACACGAUGUUUACCGAGCAUUAGCUCCUGGACAUUUGGUGGUACUUUGAGUCGAUAG